AUGGCCGGCCGACGGAGCCUCUUGCUCGCCGUCCACGACAUCAAGACGCCAUGUCGGCCAAGCAUACGGCUGUCGGCGCCGCGGGCUCGCAACUUUGGACGGCUUACCCAACAGCAGCUUCUGAGAUCAACGGGACCGGUGAUAAGACCGUUCAGCACGUCGAGGUCGAAGUGUGAGGCUGUGGCAGCCACGCACGGUCGAACCAGCGGCUCCAAGGUAUGGAAGUCCGCUGAUGAGGCGGUGGCGGAUAUCAAGUCUGGCUCCGUGGUCCUCAGCGCGGGCUUUGGCCUGUGUGGAACAGCAGAAACCAUCAUCCACGCCAUGGUCAACCGCGGCGCCGACAGCCUCAACAACCUAACCGCCGUGUCCAACAACGCCGGCUCCUCGGGCGACGGCGGGCUUUCACCACUCACCCGCUCCGGCCAGAUCUCCCGCUGCAUCAUGUCCUACCUCGGUAACAACAAGAAGCUCGAGGAGAAGUACCUGUCGGGUCGCAUCGCCAUCGAACUCUGCCCGCAAGGCACGCUAGCGGAGCGCAUUCGCGCCGCCGGCGCUGGCAUCCCCGCCUUCUACACGCCUACGGGCGUCAGCACCUUCAUCCAAACCGGCGAGAUUCCUGCCAAGCUGGGCACGGACGAGUCGACAGGAAAGCCGGUGGUGCUGGAGGGCGGCAAGGCCAAGGAGACGCGCACCUUUAACGGCCGGCAGUACGUCAUGGAGACGGCGCUGCCGGGCGACGUGGCGAUUCUGCGCGCCUGGAAGGUCGACGAGGCAGGCAACUGCCAGUUCCGCUACACGACCAAGGCGUUUGGUCCCAUCAUGGCCAAAGCCGCCACGCUGACGAUCGUAGAGGCCGAGGAGAUCGUGCCGCUCGGCAGCAUUGACGCCAACGAUGUGCAUCUGCCCGGCAUCUUCGUGGAUCGUGUCGUCCCCGCGACCCGAGAAAAGAUGCUCGAGAUCAAGAAGCUGCGGCCCUCGGAGAAGGAAGCCGCAGGCGAGGAGAAGAUGACGGACGCGCUGGUGCGGCGCAACCGCAUCGCCAAGCGCGCGGCCCGCGAGCUCAAGGAUGGCAUGUACGUCAACCUGGGCGUGGGCAUGCCGACGCUGGCGCCCAGCUAUCUGCCCGACGACGUGAAAGUGUGGAUCCAGAGCGAGAACGGCAUCCUGGGUAUGGGGCCCUAUCCGACCGAGGACGAGGUGGAUCCGGACAUCAUCAACGCGGGCAAGGAGACGGUCACGCUCGUUCCCGGAGCCAGCACCUUUGACUCGAGCGAGAGCUUUGGCAUGAUCCGCGGCGGGCAUGUUGACGUGUCGAUCCUCGGCGCCCUGCAGGUCUCGGCCGCGGGGGAUCUGGCGAAUUACAUGAUUCCCGGCAAGGUGUUUAAGGGGAUGGGUGGUGCAAUGGAUCUCGUUUCCAACCCCAACCAAACCAAGAUCGUCGUCACAACCGACCACGUCGACAAGAACGGCCGCUCCAAGAUCGUGCAGCAGUGCGCGCUGCCGCUGACGGGGGCGCGCGUCGUGUCCACCAUCAUCACCGACAUGGCGGUGUUCCAGGUCGAUCGCGAGAGGGGCACGCUGACGCUGACGGAGGUGGCCGAGGGGCAUGAUCUCGAGGAGGUCAAGGCGAAGACGGACGCGAAAUUUGAGGUGGCGGAGCCGUUGGGGUCGUUUUAG